GUGAUUUGUUGACAAAAUUGGCCGAAGUUCAGACCAGUUCAAAAAACGCGGAAACCACAAAUGUCACAACUGGUAUUAAAAAUACAACAAAAGGAUGCAUGAAACCCGAUGACUCUGUGAAUGCUUCAUUUCUGCGUCGCGAGUUCAAAAUUUCUGGGCAAAUUGGAGAACCCGGUCAGGCAGACAAACUGACUUUCGUUUCGCUGACUCAUCAAAUUGAUUCAGGCCUAAAACGUGGGUAUAACGAAAAUGAGAUUGUAGAUGCUGUUAUUCGCGCGAUUUCAUUGCAUAGCAGUUUAAGAAGCUAUGUCGAAACUCUGAAAGAUUUGUCCCUACCAAAGUUGCGAAAAAUUUUACGCGUUCACUACCGUGAAAAAUCCGCGUCAGAACUCUAUCAAACCCUUGCGACAAUAUUCCAGGACCCAAAAGAAACACCUCAACAGUUUCUCCUACGUUCCCUUGAGUUGAGAAAUAAAGUAGGCUUUGCAAGUAAAGAGUCUGAUUGUGAAGUUCAAUAUGAUGAACCACUUAUUCAGAAAACAUUCAUGAAGUCUUUCGAGACAGGGUUACGAGACGAUAUUUUGGCGGCAAAUUUACGUCCCAUUUUGCGGUUACCUAGUCUAUCUGACGAGGAAUUAAUGAAAAAUGUCAACGAAUUGGCAUCUCACCAAGCUGAGAGGCAGAGUAAACUUGCAUGUGAAAGGCGUUCUGCCAAGGUUAAUGGUGCGAAGUGGACGGUGCGAAAAUUAAAAUGCGUAAAAAUGGUGGAGAUAAUGAUAAAAUUUUGGCCGAGAUUCGAGAGAUCAAAUCUGACCUUGAGAGUUUGA